AUGCAUGAAGUUGGCUCUUUGUCUUGGUUGAAUGUUGCGAAAUACCAGGUCGAUGUCGGCCAGUUCAGUUUGGGUGUUAUUUUUCUUCUGUUUUUCAGUAUUGUCCCAUCUUCAGCAUGUCCUGAUAAGUGUGUUUGUAAUGCUACUACAGUGCAAUGCCUGAAUCAAAACCUAGUGGAAAUUCCCCGACCUCUUCCCACAAACACUGAGACUUUAAUUGUUACGGGUAACAAUAUUUCUCGUCUCACGAAUGACUCUUUCCCUGUGCGUCUGGAGUACUUGACCAAACUUAACUUAUCUGGGAACGGUAUCGAGCAAGUGGAUCCUGAAGCGUUUACUAAUCUUCCAAACCUCGUAUUGUGUGAACUAAGCAACAAUAACAUAAGAGAGUUCAGUCCCGACGCUUUUUCCAAGGACAACAAGAUUGAAAAACUAAUUAUGAGCAGAUCUGUCUACAGCUCCUCAUAUGUAGAUGUGAUUUCAAAGCUUCUCAGACGCACAACUCGUGUCACCCACCUCGUUUUGUCCAACAAUGACUUGCCUAUCCUUCCUCCUGAUAUGUUUAGCAAUUUGUCCAGUCUUAGUGUGUUGGACUUGAGGAACAAUUCUAUUGUUGAUCUGAAGAAUGUGUAUUUAGGGAACAGAGAACUUACAAAACUUGACCUGCAGGACAAUAGUUUGAAAGUGCUAUACAAUAGCACACUACAGAAUUUCAGCCUUUCCAAACUGGAGGUCACGUUAAGUGGAAACCCUUGGUUUUGUGACUGUAAUAUGGCAGAUAUGUUGGUUUGGCUAAAUACACAUGACCAAGUUGUUGACAAAAUGGAUUUGUCGUGCACCAGUCCCGAGAAUCUCAACCAAUCGAAACUUUUGCAGCUGGCGUCCUCUCAACUCCAGUGCAAAUUCUCCGGAAACAUGAAAAACGUUCUGGAAACCUCUUAUGUGUUUCUUGGCAUGGUACUGGCCCUCAUUGGGGUGAUCUUUCUCCUGGUCUUGUACCUCAACCGAAAAGGUAUCAAGAGAUGGAUGCAUAACAUUCGAGAUGCAUGCAGGGACCACAUGGAAGGGUACCAUUACAGGUACGAAAUAAACACAGAUCCAAGGCUCGCCAACCUCAGUCUCAACUCGGAUGUGUGA